UUUACCACCACUAGAUAUAAACAUGUCAAACGUUAAGCAUCAUUUCAAAAUUCUAAACAUAACCGGAGAUAAUUACAUAACAUGGAACAACAACUUAACUGAGUACCUUGCAUGUGAGGGGCUCGAUAAAAUUCUAGAAGGAGAUAAUGCAGAGGUGCAAACAGCUGACUCACAGGAAUUAGCAAUGAAAAAAUCGAAAGUAAAUCGGAUAAUUAAACACCACCUUGAUGAUGGAUUACAAACUGAAUAUUCAAAUGCCAAGGAUCCCAAAAUACUAUGGGACAAACUUAAGGCAAGAUUUGGACAUCAGAGGAAAGUCCUGUUACCUUCAUUAAUGGAUCAGUGGAACAAAUUAAGGUUCCAAGAUUAUAAAAGUGUUGUUGCAUAUAACUCUGCCAUGCACCAAAUUAUUGCACAAUUAGAAUUUUGCGGUGUGGCUAUAACUGAAGAACAGAAAUUGGAAAAAACAUUUUCAACUUUCCAUGCAUCCCAAGUAUUGUUGCAACAACAAUAUAGAAUGAGGGGAUUUACUGAGUACUCUGAUUUGGUCGCAGCUCUUUUGGUGGCAGAACAAAACAAUGAGCUCUUGAUAAAAAACCACCAGACACGUCCCACAGGAACAAUAGCAUACCCCGAAAUAAAUGCAACAACAUUUAAUCGUGGGCGUGGUGGCCAUAAUCGUCAUAAAGGACGAGGGGGUAAAGCUCAUUUUGAUGGUCGAGGCAGAAAUCACGGUCGAAACCACUUUCGUGGUAGAGGUCGUGGACGAGGAUAUGUGAAUAAUUAUAGGCCUCCUAAAUAUGACCAAAAUAAUAAGAAUCAUCAAGGUAAAGGUAAAUAUAUCCAAGAAGGUCCCUCAAGGAACCGUGAUGAUAUCUGUUUUAGAUGCGGAAAGAAUGGACAUUGGUCUAAGACGUGUAGGACACCAGAACACCUGUGUAAAAAAUACAGGGCAUCUGUUGAAGAAAAGGGAAAGGAAGUAAAUUUUAAUGAAGUUGAACCCAAUAAUGAUACUACCUACCUUGAGGCUGCUGAUUUUGUUGAAGAAGAAAAUGAAAUGAAUAUGAAUUAAGUAACUAAUUAAUUAAGUAUUUGAAUAAUGUGUGGUGUGCUUGUAUUACUUAAUAAUAUGUGUGACUUGUGUGGUGUGCUUGUAUUACUUAAUAAUAUGUGUGACUUGUGUGGUGUGCUUGAAUUACUUAAUAAUAUGUAUGACUUAUGUGGUGGGCAUUGUGUAAUAUUUGGUUAUUGAAUAAUAAUGUUGAAUGUAUUAUAUUGAUUUA